UAGUCGUAGUCUACGGAGCCAUUCUUGUGUUACUCCAUGAUGGCAACCCUGUUGAAAACACAUGUGCAGUUGUCAGGAGACAACAAACAGCCUCACUUCGAGUAUGACAAUGACCAGAAUGAUCCUGAAGGAGGGAGCAAUGCUGAAAAGUCUGACGGAGCAAGCGAUGGAGAGGGAAAUGACAAAGAUGGUGAAGAAGGGAGUGAUUGGGAGGAGACAGAGGAUGAAGGCGGAGAGGAGAAUAAGAGGAGAGAUGACAGCAAUGCCAAUACUGGGUGGGCUGAGGCCAUGGCAAAGAUCCUGGAGAAGAAAACCCCCGAGAGCAAAAGCAGCAUCCUGGUGAAGAACAGAGAGCUGGACAAGAUGAAGGAGAAAGAAAAACAGGAGCAGCUGGAGAGGAAGAAACAGGUUGACAAGAAGCGUGUGUGGGAGACGAUGUGCCGGGAAAAACCUGAUGUAGUGAAGGACCGUGAGACUGAAAGAGCUCUACAGAAAACUGCUACCAGAGGGGUGGUGCAGCUGUUCAAUGCUGUGAGGAAACACCAGAAAACAAUCGAUAACAGGGUGAAGGACAUUGGUGGCUCAGAGAGGAAGAAGGCCAAGCUUCUUUCAUCUGUCUCUAAAAAAGACUUCAUCAAUGUUCUAAGAAGCACAGAGGGAGGGAGCGGAGUCACUGGCAAGACUGAAAAAAUUGUUGCUGCAGCAGCAGAGGAGAAUCCUGCCUGGAGCGUCCUCACAGAUGACUUCAUGAUGGGAGCCACCAUGAAAGACUGGGACAAAGACAGUGACAGAGAGGACGCCCAUACACAUACAGCAGUCGGGGAGGAGGAAAGUGACUCAGACUGACACCAUCCAUAGAGUGCUCAGAGGGUGCUGUUUUUCUGUAGGCCAACACAUAAAUUAACGUCACCAUGGUUCCCUUGUCAAAAAGCCAAUGGGAGUUUUCCAUUGGAUUUGGGAUUAUUGCAGAAAAUAAGCUAUGUAUCCCCAUACAAUUUCCAACCUUUUCCAUGACUUAUCAAGGACCCAUAAUAAAGAUUUUUUUUCUUGC